AUGAAUUCGAAAGACUCAUUGAUAGUCCAAUUGAGUCCGGAAGUCCGAGCGCAAUUAAAUGACAGUCCGCGGAGUGUACUGGACGCGGUCCUCAAACGUGAAGCGUUGCUCCAGGAUCAAAUCCAGCACUUUAUAUCUUUGCGGGUGCAAGAGCUCCGCAAUUUUUCACAGCACCUGUUGGAAGAACACGUGAAUGAGCUUCGCCGUGCCCAGCAAGACCGCAAAGACGCCCUGGCUGCACGAAGCCGCCCACCACUCAAAUCGAUCGUCAAGCGUCGAGCUUCGUCUAGCAGCAAACGGGUGUCGUUCUCUACAGUGCCGCCCAAGGUCGAGUAUUAUCCAUCUGGCGAUGAGCAAAGCGAGCAGGACUCACAAGCUCUUGAAUCCAGCGAUGAAGACGUCCUCAGUCCUCCUCAGCUUACCUCAACCCAGCCCGCCCGCAGCGGCCUAGCAUCAGCAGUAGUGGUGUACGAGCCUUCGCCCGAUAAGCCCAAGAUGCGUGCCGGUCAAGAUUUUGAGGUUCAUGUUCGGCAGAUUUCAGAUCAGACGCUGCCCUCUAAGCCCAAGAGAAGUGGGGGCUACGACUUUUCUAAAAUCUCCAGUUCCCAGACCGAAUCGGACACAGAAAGAGAUCCUCCUCAGGUUUGGUCUGACGACGCUGAGGAUGAGACCUCCGUUCAUAAUGAGGAUACUCAUGACUGUACAAUUGACAAGCCCGCCUUACCAGUAUUCCCGCACCGCCAUUCGCACCACCAUAAACCUUGGCGUGCCCAGCGGCAGCGACCAUCUGCCCUGCUUUCUUUUGAUGAUGCCAUUGAUGACCACUCGUUCUCCGAACUAGAUUCCGAAAGUGACGAAACCAGCGGAGAUAUAACUCCGCACCGGCCAACUUCACCGUCACCUCCGCCCCAAGAUUCCGCUUCCAAUCCUCCAGCAAGCUUAACCGUGGGUAGUGCUCCGAUAGACAUUCACACGCCACUCACCAAGGCCCUAGACGGCGAUGGAGGGCCUAAUAACUUUAAAGUUCCCUACCAACAUGUUCUUCCACCAGCUGCAGAGGAGUUGGAAGUCUCAACCCCACCUAAAGACCCCCUCUCAGAUCCAUACCUGCCCCCCAUGGAACUCGAUCCCGCCAAUCUCAGCUUCAGCCAACGAAUGGAAUGGGAAGACCGUUUCAAGACUUCUAUUAGACCCUUGAACAAUAGUUUUACCGGUAAAAUCUAG